AUGCAAAGGUCUGGUCUUCAACCUGAUGUUGUCAGCCAUGCCUUACUUAUUAAAGCUUAUGGGAAAGCUAGAAGGGAAGAAGAGGCAUUAUCGGUGUUUGAGGAGAUGCUUAAUGCCGGUGUCAGGCCAACACAGAAAGCUUACAACAUCUUGCUUGAUGCAUUUGCAAUCUCUGGAAUGGUGGAGCAAGCUCGGACUGUCUUUAAGAGCAUGCGAAGGGACAGAUGUACGCCCGAUCUUUGUUCUUAUACCACCAUGUUAUCAGCUUAUGUAAAUGCUCCUGAUAUGGAGGGUGCAGAAAAAUUCUUCAGAAGAAUAAAACAAGAUGGAUUUGAACCUAAUGUCAUCACAUAUGGGACUCUAAUCAAAGGGUACGCGAAGACAAGCAAUCUUGAGAAGAUGAUGGAAAAAUACGAAGAAAUGCGUGUCUGUGGUAUCAAAGCCAAUCAGACUGUUUUCACCACAAUCAUGGAUGCAUAUGGUAAGAACGGGGAUUUUGGCAGUGCUCUAGUUUGGUUCAAGGAGAUGGAAUCUGGUGGGGUUCCUCCUGAUCGGAAAGCAAAGAAUGUUCUCCUCUCUUUGGCAAAAACAGUUGAAGAACAAACGGAGGCUAAGCAACUUUUAGGUCACUGCAGUCAUUUUGCUGAUGAGCAGACAGUUGAUGGGCUCACCAAGUAUGGAGAUAAUUAUGAUGACUUCGAUGAUGAAGAUGAGUUUAGGGAUGAUGCCGAACAGACCGUCUCCUUUGAAGAAGAAAAAGAAGAUGAAGUUGUAGUUUUAGGUAGUGGUUAUCAAUAA